CUCUCAUCCAAUCAGCGUGCUUAUAGUGCCAGGUAAGUCCCUCCCCCAUCAGUGGCUGCUGGGAAAAAAUCCUUUACAGCUAUAGUUUGACAGUUCUUGUUUUUCACUAUCAAUAAUGAGAGGUCCGACAACAAUCGGGAAAAUUUAAAGUGUUCAAUGCUAAAGCAGUUUGGUUUACAAGACAUGAACGUUAAAAUUAAACAAAGCAACACCUUACCUCGCAGUGGCUGAUAACAAUUUUCUUAUCUGGGUUGUUUUGACAUACUGGUUGGGCUUGAAACAAUAUGUUAAGAAGUAUAAAAAGGUCUUCUUGACAAAAUUGUCGUUAUCCUUAAGAUGCAUUGUGUUACUAAAUUAUCACCGAAAUUUCUAGUGGCUGUAAGUGUAUUAUUAUUUUCAUCAUGUGUUUGCGAAAAGACCAAAACCAUUAUAACCAAUGCAGAAAAGCACCAACUAAGGGAGGAAGCAAGAGAUAUGUUCUACCAUGCUUAUAAUGCAUACAUGGAAAAUGCCUAUCCUGCUGAUGAGCUUAUGCCCCUUAGCUGUAUGGGAAGAUAUAGGGGCAAAACACCAAAUAGGGGUGAUAUUGAUGAUUGUUUGGGAAACUUCUCUUUGACCUUAAUAGAUACAUUGGACACCUUAGUGGUGCUGGGAGAUUUGGAAGAAUUUGAACAUGCUGUGAAAUUAAUUAUAAAAGAUGUUUCUUUUGAUAAUGACGUUGUGGUUUCAGUAUUCGAAACUAACAUCAGAGUUGUGGGUGGUUUGCUUUCUGCUCACAUUCUGGCGGAAUAUUUACAGCAACGAGAUAGCGUCAUGCCAUGGUACAAGGGGGAGCUGUUGGCAAUGGCAAAGGAUGUGGGCUUCAGGCUCAUGCCCGCUUUCAAUACAACCACUGGCAUUCCCUACUCAAGAGUGAACCUAAAAUAUGGCAUAAAAAGCGACCGAUUGGAGGCCUCUCGAGAAACGUGCACUGCCUGCGCUGGCUCGAUGAUCCUGGAGAUGGCGGCGUUGUCGCGUCUGACCGGCGAGCCCGUGUUCGAGGCGAAGGCGCACAACGCUAUGGACGAGCUGUGGAAGAUGCGGCACCGCAGCUCCGAUCUCAUGGGCACCGUCCUGAACGUGCACUCGGGCGACUGGGUGCGCAGAGACAGCGGCGUCGGAGCCGGCAUCGACUCCUACUACGAGUACUGCCUGAAGGCGUACAUACUGUUGGGCGACGAUAAGUACCUGAACAGGUUCAAUAGACAUUACAACGCGAUCAUGAAGUAUAUAUCGCAGGGGCCAAUGUUGCUGGAUGUGCAUAUGCAUAGACCACAUACAAACUCCCGUAAUUACAUGGACGCGCUGCUGGCUUUCUGGCCCGGUCUGCAAGUUCUUAAAGGUGACAUCAAACCGGCCGUCGAAACCCACGAGAUGCUCUACCAAGUGAUGCAGCGUCACAAAUUUAUUCCUGAAGCGUUUACCAUCGAUUUUCAAGUGCACUGGGGCAACCAUCCGCUACGCCCCGAAUUCCUAGAAUCGACGUAUUUUCUGUAUGCUGCCACGAACGAUCCCUACUACCUUGAGGUCGGGAAAAACGUUCUAAAAAGUCUGCAAAAGUACACCAGAGUGCCUUGCGGAUACGCAGCCGUCAACGACGUCCGUACUGCCAAACAAGAAGACCGAAUGGACUCCUUCGUUCUCUCUGAAACCUUCAAGUAUCUAUUCCUACUUUUUAGCGACAAAGAAGACUUGAUCCUGAACCUCGACGAGUUUAUUUUCACCACGGAAGGCCACUUGUUGCCACUCAGUCUUGCCGGUCGUCACGUCAACGGUACGAAGUCGAACCACGAGAUGGAACUGGACGACGGCGAGUUUGCGCGAUCGUGCCCGAACACGUUGCAAUUGUUCCCGGAGUCGGUGCGCAAACCGCUCCAGAACAUGGUGGACGGCAUGUGCCCAAGAAAGCGCAGGAGACUGACUGCGGCAGAGUUUUCAGCCGCUAACGUUAAUCAUUUGAAGAUGAUCAAGGAUAUGGGUAUCAAUAUUAUUGCGUUGAGCGAUGGAAGGGUACAACUGUUGCACACGUUUUCAGCGGCUCGCUCCACUGCAGACGCUGAGGAAGGCACCAUGUUUAUGCACGAGAUGGUGGAACUUUCCAAACUGCAAAAUCGUCCGUCUGAAACCGCACCUCAAGUCGUGUCAUUCCCCAUUAAAACGCCUGCAGGAGAGCAAACGGUGAAUGUGCAGGCGGGACCGUCACACUUUGGUCGCGGUCUCAAAGGUGAAGAAUUCAUAAAAUCCAAAGCCGUGGUCGUAUCUCCCCUGAAAGGAUGUUCGGAAAUAGAACAAGCACAAUCGAUCAAGGGUAAAAUUGCGAUAAUGGAGAGGGGCGAUUGCAUGUUUGUUGAGAAAGUGAGAAACGUGGAGAAAUUGGGCGCGAUUGCUGCCAUUAUUAUUGAUAACACGCCAGGUACUAGCGCUGUAGGUUCACCUCUAUUCUCGAUGUCCGGGGAUGGGAAAGAUGAUGUCAAAAUACCAUCAGUUUUCCUGUUUACACAAGACGCUUCCAAACUGAGGCUGGCCCUGGCAAAGGAUCCUAGCAUUGACGUAACGAUAAGAGAAAUGAAAAGCGACACUGAAGUGUGGGGCCAAAACGAGGAGGAGACGCUGUUCCAAAAACUUAAAGUAUCCGUCCAGGAAUUCCUAAACAAACAUACAGGCAUAGUGUUUACAAAAACCGUAGAAGUAGGAAAUUUUGUUGCCAACUUAGGCGUAGAUAAAAUAAGAAUUACCUAUCAAGAAAACCCCAAGGAAAACACGGUACUACCCAAAGAGGAAGUCAAUAAUCCUCAAUGGAAUCAAAUCAGAAAAGGUCUAUUGAAGAGUAUUAUCCAUUCAGAAACGAAGGAAUUGUAUGUUCCCUUAAAUAUUUUAAGGAUUUACUACCAGACGUUAAGCGGCGCCACUGUAGAGGAUCUCAAAGCGCAGGACGUUGAAAGACAGACCGAGUGGCUUCUGAAGGAGCUUCUUGUGGAACACCAGAAAACAGACGACGAUAAUCUCGUGAAGUUGGAAGAGGAUCCCGGAGUUUCGAUUUUGGCGGAUUUAAAGCAGUUCACCGACUUGGAGAAUGUCGUGCGCGAAAAACGAAAAAAUCUGGAAACGUUAAAUUCCAUUCUGGAAAGUGUGACUAAUUUGGGAAACGUGGUGGGUUCUCCGUCUUUUGAGAGUGUCUUAAAGAAACUCGCGGUUGAACCAACAGACGACAUUGUAGUAAAUGAAAGUGAUAAAACUGAUAAUAUUAUUAAAAAUAAAGAAACACAAACUAGUGAAUUAAAAGGUGAAAAAGAUGAUGUGAUUAAAACGAAAGCAAAUCAUGCUGCAGAUGAAUUAUGAUGGAAAUUGUUUAAAUCAAUUUAAUUAGGUUAUACAAUUGAAGAGAAUCAAGGCUUUCCUGAUACUUGAACGCCCUUAUUUGAUUUUUUCUUUUUAAUUUUACACAUAUCUACUUAUAUGAAAUUUGUAAAUAUUUAUGCUUGUUAGGAACUAACAGUUGCAAUGGG